CCCCCACGAGGCCACCACGGGACGGUUGAACCCUCCUGGAAAGAGGACCUGGACCACUGUGAGCUCUUGUAUUUUUGGUGAAGAGAUAGCAUGUGGUAAAAAGCUAUUAAAGUACACUUUGAAUUGGUAUGACUCAUUUUAAAGGACAAAAAGAAAACCUGCCUGCUAUGGAAGAUUUUGAUGAGUUAACUCAGUCAUCUGAAACAGCCUCAGACUAUGGCAGGUCUCCCUGCCUUAAUUACGAAGCUAUAUUGAAGCUAAUUGAACGUCUUAGCCUGGAAUGCAAAGAUUCUGGUAGCCUAUUAAAAAUCCAGAAUGCAAUUCAUUCAUAUCAAAGGUUAACCCAACUGAAAACUGGUCACUGCAGAGUACUUCGAAGGAAGCUUCAAGCGGUGGAGAAUGAACUCAGUGGACUCCAUAAGAAGCUUGCAGAUGCAGAACAUGAACAACUCAAACAAGAACAAGAACUCUGCAAUGUAAGGUUUACUUUAAAACAAGAAGAAGAGAAGAGGAAAAAUGUAGUCUGGGUUUAUGACAAAAUGAAGGAGCAGCUGAGAGAAAAAGAAGAGCAAUAUGAUAAAGAAGUUAAAAUGAAACAAAAACUUGAACUUCGUGUUAGGGAACUGGAUGUGGAACUGAAGACUGUGAGAAACGAUCUUGAUAAAGUUUUAGAGGAAAGAAACUCCAUCAAGAGGCAACUUUUGCAAGAACAGAACACCAGAGUCUUACAGGAUGAGAUUCUAGCAAAUCACCUUCACAAACAAAAGGAGUUAAAAAUCACACAAGAAAAGAUUAGUUCUCAGUUACAAGAAGCACUGGAGCAACACAUACAGCCUGCCCAAUGCUCUGAGAAGAUGCACGACUACAUACAAAAACUUGGACUUGAAAACCUCAAGUUAAAAGCAACAGCAAGAAAGCAAGCAGAGAAAAUUGAACAGUUAAAGAAAAAUCUACUAAAUGAAUUUUUGAGUGAUGAUCUUACUGAAAAACUGGAAACCACAUCUGCCAAAUGUCAACAUCUCUAUAAACAAAAUCAGCUGCUUUGGCGGGAGUUACUGUCUAUGAAGACAAUACAAAGGAAAUGUGAAAAACUAAAGAAGCAUAAAAAGAAGUUAGAACAAGAAGUAGUUAGCCUCAGAAGUCACAUGGAAAAAAAUAUGAUAGAAUGUGACCAAAUAGAACAGUAUAAAUGGGAAAUCGAAGAGAAAACAAAGCAGGAAUUGGUGGAAAAGUUAAAACAAGUCAACCUAUUCUUACAGACACAAGCAGCAUAUGAGGACAAGCUAGAAAAGUUAAGACACAAACAGAACGCUUCGGUACGAACUCAGAUGGAGCUCAGAAUAAGGGACCUGGAGUCUGAGUUCUCUAAGAUGAGAAGUCAAGUUGAUUGUAAUCAAAUAGAAAUGGAAAACUAUAAGCAGCUCUACCUAGAAGAAGUGAAAAUUAGAAAAUCAUUGUCAAAUAAAUUAAGCAAAACAGAUGAAAGACUGGCAGAAGUCAAAACCAAACUUCUCAUGGAAAGAAAACAAAACAGAGCUUCACAAUACAGCAUGGUGGACACAAGGCCUGUCCUGGAGUCCACUUGUCCUAGAGACAGUAAUAAAUUUUUCAUUCCAAGAAGUUUCUCAGGAGAAAACAUGCUUCCUACAUCAAACCUCUGGCACUCAGUCGAGACCAAGGAGAACUGCAAGACCAAGGUGCUUCAGGAGUGGGAACAAAGUGUAACCAGAGAAUUAAGACAAGAAAGAAGCUUCUCUGAUGGAUGCUGAGACCAGCCCUGGUCUACAGAUACAUAUGCUAAGAUCAUGGACCAAUGAUUUCUUCUAUCAACAACACAAGACACUCCUUUUCUUUAUACAAAAUCCAUGGAAUCCCAGGUGGGAGACAGGAGUUGUUGGUAAGCUCUACCAUAAAAAUCAAGCCAGGUCCCCAGUAAGUACUAUGUGAAUCCAGAGAAAAUAUGUCUCAAUUGCCUAACCUCUAGAUUUCGGAAAAGUAGGAGAAGUAAUCAAACACUCCUCUGAGGUCCUUACCUCCUUGACAUCUCCCCUCAUAAACAGCACUAACUUGUCAUUUCGCCUUUUCCUUCAGACCCUGAGUUCAGCAUGCCAACUCCUUAAAGCCACCCGACCUGGUCACUUUAAAGACUGCUGGCUAUGUAUACCCCCUGGAACUAGCUCGCAAUUGCUACUUACAGCCUCUCUGGUGAUAUUGCCAAGCAACUUUACCUCACCUUUUGUCAGCUGCCCUGACUCUGAGGUUGCCAUGACUCUAUACCUUUUCUCAGUGGUAAACUGUUUUAAGAACAUGACCUCCGGGACACGUUCUGUAGGAACACUAGGCUCCCUAGACUGCAAUAGAACCACAACCCUUGAUGUGGAGAGUUGUUCCAAGAGCGAGCAGUCUCAUAAGCAAGCCCUAUUUGGCUAAGCUUGCUGCCAUUGGUUACUUCGACAUCUGGUGACCUAUCCGCUUUUGCCCAUUGGGAUUGGCUA